CAGCCAAUAUCUAGGCCAAAAGGAGCGAGCGACGAAGAGUUGAGAUUAAGGGACUAGCCCAAGGACGGAUCAACCUUAGUGUCGUGGAUGAGCCCAAGCGACCCGCACUGCCGCAGCAGUCAGUGACCAGACCAGUGAGCUUGUCCCAGUGAGCUUCCUUCCACGGGCUUUUCCUGUCAUUCGUUCUCUCCCUCUUCUCCUUGUCGCCUCGCCUUUGCCGUUUCGUUUACUCGUAGAUUUAAGCUGCAGCUUUUGCAGUUCCCUUCACCUUUCCUGGCGGUAUUUUAUAUCGUUCGUCUCGAAUCGCCUGCACUUCUCGCGUCAUUUCGCUGCUGGUAACCGAACUCAUUACCAUUCGCCUGUGGUCGACUUGUUCCACCAACCCCCAUCCUCCAUCCAGAGCAUCAGCACUAACCACAGCGACGACACCAUCCGCUACAUUGGUUCAUCUGCUUUGAGUUGUUGAUACACACAUCAUCGAGGCACCUAUUAUCGAGACACCUAUUAUCGAGACAACUAUUAUCGAGACACCUAUUAUCGAGACACAUCAACUGUCACCCUGCCUACCAUGGCCGCGGUCCCCGCAAUGCACGCUCGCCUCGGCACACACACCGUCGCACGCUCCACUCCAGUCGCCACCACGCUCCGCUCCGUGCGACGUCGCCUCAGUGUCGCCGGGUCGCACGCGAUCGCAACAUGCGAAUCCCAACCCAACAGUCAUUCGCCGUUCCUGCAAACCGCCUCCGCGACGUCACUGUGCGCGAGCUACGCGAAUCGCCUGGCGACGGGACUUGUCGCGUGCGACAGCUGGCGACGAUUAAGCAGUCGCCAUCAUCAUCGCCAGUGGCUGCACGCAGCCAAGCCGUCGCCGACCCUGUCGCUCCGCUGCGCGGCUUCCGACGCCAGCGCUGACUCGCGCGGACAGGCGGAAGCAGACGGGGCGACCGCGGCGACCGCGGGGAAGGCGUCUUUCGAGGGAGGCGCACGCGGACGGAGCAGCAGCAGCAGCAGCAGCACAAGCUCUGUAUCUGUUGUGUCGUCCUUCGUGGACUAUCUCAACAACUCGUGGACGCAGUUCCAUGCCACAGCAUCGGCGCGGGAGCUGUUGAGAGCAGCGGGGUACGAGCAGCUGAGGGAGGCGGACGAGUGGCGGCUGAGGCCAGGGGGCAAAUACUUCUUCACUCGCAACCUGUCGUCCAUCGUGGCGUUUGCUGUUGGCGAGAAGGUGUCCCCAUCGUCUCUGCCUCUGCGCAUAGUGGCAGCGCACACCGACAGCCCCUGCCUCAAGCUCAAGCCGGUAUCAGCAGCCAGCAAGGGCGGCUGCCUGUCCCUCGCAGUGCAGACGUACGGGGGCGGCCUCUGGUACACGUGGUUCGACCGGGACCUCUCUGUGGCGGGCCGUGUGCUCGUGCGGGGAGAGGAUGGCAGGGUGGUGCAGCGCCUGGCUCAGAUUGACCGGCCGAUUCUGAGAAUCCCUACGCUGGCGAUUCACCUGGACCGGAACGUGAACACAGAAGGGUUCAAGCCCAAUGCAGAGACCCAUCUUGUUCCUAUCCUCGCCACUCAGAUCAAAGCCCAACUGCACGCCAAAAACGGCUCUGCUGCUGCUGCUGCUGCUGCUGCUGCUGCGAAUGGCAAGCCUAAUGGCACAGCCAGCAGUAGUGGCAACGGCAAUGGCAAUGGGAGUGGGAAUGGGAGCGCGGAGCACCAUUCGUUGCUGCUGGAGCUCCUGGCAGAGCAGCUCUCCUGCCCGCCCUCCGCCAUCCUGGACUUCGAACUCAACGUGUGCGACACACAGCGCAGCGUAGCCGGGGCGGGGGGCGCAGGCGAGUUCAUAUUCAGCGGGCGGCUGGACAACCUGGCGUGCUGCUACACGGCGCUGCAGGCGCUGAUCGACGCUGAGGGGCUGGAGGAGGAGCAGGGCGUGCGGGUGGUGGCACUGUUUGAUAAUGAGGAGGUAGGAUCAGAGUCGGCCAGUGGGGCAUCGUCCCCCACCAUGUAUCAUGCCAUCAAGCGCAUAGUCAAGCAGAUGGCCAGGCAGGGAGGGGGGGAGGCAGGAGCAGAGGGAGUGGAGGGGGCGGUUGAGAGGAGCCUCAGGCGGUCGUUCCUGGUGAGUGCGGACAUGGCCCACGCGCUGCACCCCAACUACCCUGAGAAGCACGAGGAGCGGCACCAGCCGCGGCUGGGGAUGGGAGUGGUGGUGAAGCACAACGCCAACCAGCGCUACGCCACCAACCUCGUCUCCUCCUUCCUCCUCAAGCACCUCGCCACCAAGCACGGACUGCCCUGCCAGUCCUUUGUGGUGCGCAACGACAUGGGGUGUGGCAGCACCAUCGGCCCCAUCCUCGCCUCGGGCCUGGGCAUCCGCACUGUGGACGUGGGCAUUCCGCAGCUGUCCAUGCACAGCAUCCGUGAGAUGUGUGCGUCGGACGACAUCGACACGGCGUACCACCUCUUCAAGGCCUUCUACUCCACAGCCUUUGCCGAGGUGGAGGACUCCGUUGACCUCGACGAAUAGAACAGAGCAUCGGGUGGAGUGACCCAUGUGUAGCCCCAUGUGGCUGUGCGACUGUGUGGCCGUGUUGCUGUGUUGCCGCCGUGUUGCCGUGUGACUGAGCUCUCAUCAGCUGCUUCUUGGCCUUCCUUGAUCGCCUCGCAUGCUCUGUGCUGUCACCGCCUUACGUCAUCUAUGCCCAUCCAUGCACGACACCAAUACGGUACCGGUAAGCCAACAGUCACACAUGAAUCCGCGCAUCUGGUUGAUUUAUGUUAUGUUGUAGAUGCUCUUGUCAAACAUGUGUAUUUGUCAUGUUUGUAUAGAUUGUAUAGAGUCACCUCUUAGAGGAUACAAAACUUAGAUAUAUUUGUGUGUACUCUCACUUUACGAUUAUUCAAU